AAUGUGCCCACUUGCUUUUAGCCCAUAAUGCUCCAGUAAAGGUGAAAAAUGCUCAGGGAUGGAGCCCUCUUGCAGAAGCCAUCAGCUAUGGAGACAGACAAAUGAUUACAGCACUCCUAAGGAAGCUGAAACAGCAGUCCAGGGAAAGUGUUGAAGAAAAGCGACCUCGAUUAUUAAAAGCCCUGAAAGAGCUAGGUGACUUCUAUCUAGAGCUUCACUGGGAUUUUCAAAGUUGGGUGCCUUUACUUUCCCGAAUUCUGCCUUCUGAUGCAUGUAAAAUACACAAACAAGGUAUAAAUAUCAGGCUGGACACAACUCUCAUAGACUUUACCGACAUGAAGUGCCAACGAGGGGAUUUAAGCUUCAUUUUUAAUGGUGAUGCUGCACCCUCUGAAUCCUUUGUAGUUUUAGACAAUGAACAAAAAGUUUACCAGCGAAUACAUCAUGAGGAAUCUGAGAUGGAAACAGAAGAGGAGGUUGACAUUUUGAUGAGCAGUGAUAUUUACUCAGCAACGUUAUCAACCAAAUCCAUUACCUUCACGCGUGCCCAGACGGGAUGGCUGUUUCGAGAAGACAAAACA